CUCUCUGUAAAGCAAUACCGUGAGUUGUUGAAAAUGGCCAGGACCAAGCAGACUGCCCGUAAAUCCACCGGCGGCAAAGCCCCCCGUAAGCAGUUGGCUACUAAAGCUGCCCGGAAGAGCGCGCCUGCCACUGGGGGAGUGAAGAAGCCUCAUCGCUACCGACCCGGCACUGUUGCCCUGCGAGAGAUCCGCCGCUACCAGAAAUCCACUGAGCUGCUCAUCCGCAAGCUGCCCUUCCAGCACCUGGUGCGUGAAAUCACCCAGGACUUCAAGACCGACUUGCGCUUCCAGAGCUCGGCUGUUAUGGCCCUGCAGGAGGGCAGCGAAGCCUAUUUGGUGGGGCUCUUUGAAGACACCAAUCUGUGCGCUAUUCAUGCCAAGAGGGUCACCAUCAUGCCCAAGGACAUCCAGUUAGCCCGGCGUAUCCGAGGCGAGAGAGCUUAA